UAAGCAGUCUUUCCCCCAUGCUUUCCAUGUUGGCGGCAUGCUAAGACUCGUUGAGCGCGCUAACGACGUGGAUAGUCUACAGGCAACGAAAGAGCAGUACACUCUCAAUUAUUGCGCCGCCGCUGGUACAGUUUUGCUGCUCUACGACUAUGUCAUUACACUGGGACAGGAGAGUCGCUUCGUCUGGACAGAUGUCCGUGCGGGCUACGCCGUGAUCUUCCUGGCCAAUCGACUAAACAUGUUGUGUAUGUUUAUCUCCGGAAUAUUAUCCAUCUGCUCGUGGCACACGGUGCUGGUAGGACCGACGUCAUCGCUCUCAUGCACCGAAGUGACUGAUUGAAUACGUGAAGUUGCGAGAAGAUCCAAACACU